UCCAAUUUGAAAUCAGAUGAAUUAAGGAGCUUCAAAGAAGGAAGCAGCACAUCGAGCGGAAGCAACUGCAAAGAUGUUGAAGCUAUGAUAGAGCUUCUUGAGGCUUCACAUCUGGCUUUGGAAGGCGAAAACAUUUUGGUCGAAGCGAAAGCCUUCUCGACUAGGAUUCUCAGAGAAAGAGUCUCCGGUUUGGACGGUCGGCUCCUGAAACGCGCCGUCCAUGCUUUGGAGCUUCCGAUGCACUGGAGGGUUCAGUGGUUCGACAUCAAAUGGCAAAUCGGCUUGUAUGAGCAACAGGAGGACAAGCAAAGCAAUCUGCUGGAGCUUGCCAAGCUCAAUUUCAACAUGGUCCAAGCCACACACCAAAGAGAUCUUAGAGAGAUAUCCAGGUGGUGGAGGGAUCUGGGACUUAUCGAACGGGUGGACUUCACGAGGGAUCGGCUGGUCGAAAGUUUCUUGUGCGCCCUCGGACUCUCUGCGGGACCAUGGUUCAGCUCUCUCCGGAAAUCUCUCACCAAGGUCGUCAUCUUCGUAUUGGUGAUCGACGAUGUCUACGACCUUUAUGGCUCGUUGGAGGAGCUAGAAUGCUUCACCGCUGCCAUUACCAGAUGGGACUCGGAGCAGAUUCAACAGCUUCCCGAAUGCAUGAAGGUCUGUUUCCGAGCGCUUCGCGAUGUUACAUAUGAGAUUGCCUAUGACAUUGGCAAGGAUGAAGAUUGGCAUCAAGUGCUACCACAUCUCACGAAAGCUUGGGUUGAUUUUUGCAAAGCGUUACUUACUGAAGCAAAGUGGGACAGUACCGGCCACAGACCAUCUUUGGAGGAGUACUUGAGCAAUGCUUGGACAUCAUCUUCUGGACCGCUGAUCAUGUCUCAUGCUUAUUAUUAUGUGGGACACAAGAAAUUGGAGGAUGUUGCAGAUUUGCUACAGACGAACAAGGAUUUGAUUUACAACGUGUCCGUGAUAAUUCGACUGUGCAACGACCUGGGAACGUCUGCGGCCGAAAGAGACAGAGGAGAUGCUCCAUCCUCGGUGGCGUGUUACAUGCGAGAAGCGAACGUGUCAGAGGACGUCGCUCGGAGGCACAUCAAGGAGUUGAUAAACCAAGCAUGGAAAAGCAUUAAUGCUCGUUGCUUCAGCAAUGCUGAGAUGCCAUUUCUCCGACCCUUCAUCGAUGUCACCGUGAACGCGGCUCGUGUUGUGCAUAUGCUUUACCAGUUCGGAGAUGGGUUCGGUGUCCAAGACGGCGACAUUCGGCGGCAAAUUCUAUCUACUGUGAUCAAGCGUCUCCCUCUCGACUGAGAUGUUAGUGCAAGUGUAAUGACAGAGCAGGUGUGUAAGCUAGACUAGCUGCUGCUGGUCCAAAGAUUGAGGGCUAUAUGCAAAUUGUAUCCUAGGCUAAGCAAUAAUUGUGUAAGUAUCCCGUCGAGAACAUCGGCCAAAUGCCUUUUUUCAAAAGUUGCUUUUUGGCUUUUAUUGAA